CAAAUGCCGUGUUGGACAAUUUAGGUUGGUUUUCUUGAGGACGUGGAAACAAGUCUUCAAAUCUUGCUGCUUUUAAGUUCAUAAUACUCUCAGUACUUUGCCAGUUUAACUUAGUUCUUUGUGAAGUUUCGCCAGUAGCUCGCGACCAGUUUUCUAAAGUGAAUUUAAUUCAUCAAGAUGUCGAAAGUUGCACCAGUUCAAAACAAGGGCUUUACCAAGGAGGAGGAACUGUUACUCCAGGAUUUUAGCCGAAAUGUGUCCACAAAAUCAUCAGCCUUAUUCUAUGGAAACGCUUUUAUAGUCUCCGCUGUACCAAUAUGGCUUUUCUGGAGAAUACAUAUGAUGAACAUCUACUCAUCUGCCAUCCUCUUUACUGUUAUAACAGCUGUGUCCACUUAUCUGCUCUCUUUGGCUUACAGGAACACCAAAUUUUCUUUGAAGCAUAAAAUUGCUGUUAAGAGAGAAGAAGCUGUUACCAGAGAUGUACUGAAGAAGCUUUCUGAUGACAAGAAAAUGAGCAAAAAAGAGAAAGAUGAGAGGAUCUUAUGGCAAAAGAAUGAAGUUGCUGAUUUCGAAGCCACCACAUACUCAAUUUUCCAUAACAAUGCCUUGUUUUUGACCAUUGUGAUUGUAAGCAGUUUUUACUUUCUCAGAUCGUUCACUCCAGCUGUAAACUACACUUUAUCCGUCGGAGCUGCAUCUGGACUUUUAGCUCUCCUGUCUACUGGUUCACAUUAGUUUUUAACCCCAUAACAUGAACAUUCUUUAUUUUGAACAUGUAAGUGAAUUCACAAAAACUAAAGUGAUGAAUUUGUAAUGUAAUAACAGCUGCUCUGUGAAUUUUUGUAGUUUUAUACUGUAAAAUAAUGAGUGUUUAUUCAGUGUUCCACACAAUAAAAUUCAAUUUGUAUGAAUUGCCUUAGGUUUAAGUUACAGCUAAUAAGAUAUUUUUUUGUACCUCAUUACAUCAUGUUCCAACUCAUGUUCAUUUCUUUGUUGAUAAUUUAUUGUCAUUAAUAAAAUUAUAUUUGGCUCAAAA